GGGCGGGACUGAUACGGGGACUUGGAGCGGUAAUUUGGCGGGAUUCUGGCCUUUCCGACCCGUGUUUGUUCUGUGAGUGUGGACCUGCUCUAGGGUCUAGGGACUUGAGUCGUCCAGCGCUCGUCACCAAGAAGGGUGGUCCAAGGGUCCCGUUCCCUAGCGACGGCGUUCCUCUCUCUUGGAGGCAGAGUAGCGGACAGGCGGGCGUGCUGCGCCUGGUAACUGCGUCCCGCCUAAGAGUCAGUCAUUUGUAUAGUGCCGGACCGGGAAUCAGGAGACCUGGUUUCUAAUCCCUCCUCUCUCACUAGCAAGCUGUGCGAUCUUUGAAGCUUAAGUGAAAAUGAUACAUGUUAGAAGACAUGAAACAAGGAAAAAUUCUAAAACUCAAGAGCAUGAGCAGAAAUCUCGAGUUGAUUGGAGGCGGACUAAAAGAAGUAGUAUCUCACAAUUACUUGAUAGUGAUGAAGACCCUGAGAGUGAUGAAGACCUUGAUAGUGAUGAAGAGCUUGACAGUGAUGAAAGUGUUGACAGUGAUGAAGAACUUGCUAGUAACAAGGGACUUGAUAGUAAUAAAAAGCCAGAAAAUGAAGGAGAACUUAAAUUAAUUGAAGUUGAAAGUGAAGGAAACAAUUGUGAGCAUCUCAUUAACACUGGCAACAGUUCAACAUUUGAAGAAGAAAAGAACAAAACCAAACAUAGUAGUAUUGACUUACCAGAUCAUGAAAAGCACUCAAGUCAAGAGGAUGAUCUCAACAAACACACUGAACAAAUAAUAGAGGACGAUGUUGAAGAGGAACGCAUUAAGCGAGGGAAGAGAAGAAGAAUCUCCUCUGUGAUGUCUGACACUGAUGAGAGUGACGACAGUGAUAUCCUAGUUAGAAAAAUAGGUGUUAAACGUCCACGUAGAGUGGUUGAAGAUGAAUGUUCUUCAGCAGAGAUAGAGCAAAAUCAACCUGAAAAAACAUCAGCUGCAAGAAAACGAGAACAACUCCAGAAACUGAAAGAACUCUCAAAACAAAGAUCUCGUCAGAGACGCAAUAGUAGUAAAGAUUAUGAGGACUCUGAAAAGGAAUCGUGCCCAAACAGUGAUGAAAAUGAUGAUGAGGAAGAAGAUGAUUAUGAAUCUGAUGAAGAUGGAGAUAAUUAUGUUAUUGAUGGCUUUGUAGUACAAGAUGAGGAGGGUGAUGAAGAGAAUGAAAGUCAGCAAGGAGAAAAUUUGACUACAUCACAACUGAAAUUAGUAAAACAGAAUUCGCUUUAUUCUUUUAAUGACCACUACACUCACUUUGAAACAGUUGUGAAGGCUCUUCUAAUCAAUGCUUUAGAUGAAUCAUUUCUGGGAACAUUGUAUGAUGGCACCAGGCAAAAAUCAUAUGCACAAGACAUGUUGACAUCUCUUCAUUAUUUGGAUAACCGCUUUGUUCAGCCUCGUCUAGAGAACUUAUCCUCUAGAAGUCGUUGGAAAGAGCAGUAUAAGGAACGUGUAGAAAAUUAUUCUAAUGUAAGUAUCCAUAUGAAGAAUCCUGAAAAUUGUUCCUGUCAUGCUUGUGGAUUGCAUCGCCACUGUAAAUAUGCAGUGCAUUUAUCGGGACAAUUGUAUAACACCAGGACUAUGGAAACAGAUGAUUUUAUGUCACAUGAUAAACAGGUAUUUAGUGUUGGCAGAAUUUGUGCUGAACGUACCAGAAUCUAUCAUAAACUGAAACAUUUUAAAUUCAAGCUGUACCAAGAAUGUUGCUCCAUGGCAAGGACAGGAGAAGUUGAGGAUGAACAAGUUAAAGAAACAGUGGAAAGAAUUUUCAGUCAGUUAAAAGAAAGUGGCUGGAUUAAGAAGAAACAUGAGCAACUGCAAGAAUAUCUCAAUGAGGCGGAUUUCUUUCAAGAUGAGAAGUUUGGAUUGUAACACAUUGCCUUCAGAGAAGAUUUUAGAAAUUCCUCUAAAUGUGAAGAUCACGAAUUUUGUUUCCCUGUAUCAUGUGACAUAUUUCUAUAUUUUAUGUAUAUCUAUCUUCAUGCCAAAAUAUCUUGUUUAAAACAUGUUCAUCUUCAUUUCCAUGAAGUGGCACUCUACAGUCUAAUAAAACUUUUCAUCUGCUGUACAUAGAAAACUUAAGCUUAAUAAUUUUAAGUGUAUUUUGAAGUUAUAUAACAAUACCUUUAUAACAUGAUUAUCAUAUGAAUAAGCUGUUUAUAUCCUGUCACUUUAGUAGAGAAAUACUGUAUUUUUAAAAUGUACAUAGACCAUCACUGACAUGUAUUUAUUGCUGAAUCCCUGCCCAGAUCGAUUUAUUAUUCUGUCUUCACUAAUAUGUUUAUUACUACUAUCAUUGAAAUCAGUGGGCCAUGGAAGAAACCUCCACAUUUUGUUCAGUUCAAUCCCCCUGCUCCAAAUCAGACUAUAGUUUACCCAUUCCAAAUAAAACAGAUUUCAGGCCUCCAGAGUAUUAACCCUCACAUUGAGGAGUAAUUUCAUAAUAUGUAUUGUCAUGCUUCAGUGUUUUAUUUUUCUGUCCAAUUUUGUCUAUAUGUUAAUAUUUAAGAUGUGUUUUAUUUUUAUCCAUAAUUUCCCCAUCAAAGUAUUUAUGUUAGAAAAUCUCAGAGAGAUAGAUUCAGCCAAAUAUAGUUUAAAAGCAUAUUUUGACCCUGUCCAGGUAGCUCAAUUGGUUAGAGCAUCACCCCCAUACUCAAAAGUUGUGAGUUAUAUCCGCAGUCAAGGUACAUACGAGAAGUAACAUAUAAAUGCAUAAAUAAGUGGAACGACAAAUUGAUGUCUCAUGCUCAUGCUCUUCCUUCCUCUCUCUCAAAUCAAUAAGAAAACCUCUAAAUAAAAAAGCAUAUAUUUUGGCAUCUGCAUUGCUUUGCACAUCGAAAUUUUCCCAUAACAUAAUAAAGGAAAAUGGUUUCAGAGUGAACAAAUGGACCCUGUCUGUUCUUUAUCUUCAGUU